GUCAUAUGCACCGAUGGCGCGCUUUCAGAAUUUGUCUCGCUCGCUCCGCUACGGUGUCGUGCCACAUAUGUUCGUGUAGAUAAGGGUUACUAUCUUGACCGUGAUUUGCGGCUGAUUAAAUGAUUUAGUUCAAUUUUGGCUGCGAGAAUGCACGGACGACAAUUGCUGGGCUUCGCUGUGCUGUUCGUUUGCUGGCAGUCAGCAUACUCAGCACGAAUACUGGGAAUUUUACCUUCCGCCGGGUGGUCUCACUACGCAAUUGGAGAAGGUAUAAUGAAAGCAUUGGCGCACGCAGGACAUAAUGUAACGGUGGUGGGUGCGCAUCAUUGGAAACAGGCUCCGCCAAACUAUCGAACUAUUGUAUUGGAAGAACUUGUAUUUGAUAAAGGAGGUUCCGAGCCUGAUUUGUUCGAGUAUCGCAAUGACCCAUAUUUAAAAGUGCUUUAUCUGCUGUAUACCCACAUAGGACCUGGUUUAUCAGAAACGGUGCUAAGCCACCCGAAAGUAAAUGAUUUGCUACAAUCAGAUGAAACGUUUGACGCCGUCAUCGUGGAAUGCUUUGUAAGCGAAGCCCUGUACGGUUUUGCAUCACACUUCAAGGCUCCCCUUAUCGUAUUUUCACCUUUUGGUGCAUCCAUGUGGGCAAAUGAUCUGGUUGGAACUCCAUAUCCGUACUCUCAAAUCCCUCACACGUUUCUAAGCUAUACAGAUCGCAUGUCGUUUAUGGAAAGAACCAUCAAUACGCUGUUGUGGAAUGCAGACCGAUUUUACUAUCAAAACUUUUAUCUUCCACGCCAAGAAGAGAUGUACAACAAGCAUUUCCCGAAUACGGCACUUUCGUUUCAACAAAUGAUGAAAAACACUAGCUUGGUUCUACUGAAUCAACACUUCUCGCUUAGCUUUCCACACCCAUACGCGCCGAACAUGAUUGAAAUUGGUGGGAUACAGAUAGGUGAACCUAAAGUUCUCCCCGAUGAUAUCCAGCGCUUCAUCAAUAACUCUGAGCAUGGUGUCAUUUACUUCAGCAUGGGCUCAAUGUUGAAGGGACGCAAUUUUCCUGCGGAAAAACGAAACGCAUUCAUCAAAGCAUUUUCCAAGCUGAAAGAAAACGUUCUGUGGAAAUACGAAAACACCAGUCUACCGAACAAACCAAGAAACGUCCUAGUCAAACAAUGGAUGCCGCAAAAUGACAUUUUGGCUCAUCCAAAAGUAAAACUUUUUAUCACACAUGGAGGACUUCUUGGCUCUACGGAAGCGCUUUAUCACGGUAAGCCCUUGCUGGGAGUCCCUAUCUAUGGAGAUCAACGCCUUAAUAUGGCCCGCGCUAGGAAGGGCGGUUACGGGAUCGAUAUCGAGUACGAACGUUUAGAUGAGGAUUACAUCUAUCGUAGCAUCCGAGCCGUGCUCGAUAAUGAUUCCAUCACCGAGAAAGCUCAGAUGAUCGCGAACCGAUUUCACGAUAAACCUAUGAGUCCAGCACAGACAACCGUGUUUUGGGUUGAAUACGUUAUUAGACAUCGUGGCGCUCCUCAGCUGGGCUCUGCCGCCGUUCAACUGUCUUUCGUUGAGUACAACCUGUUAGAUGUAUACGGGUUAAUGGUAUUAACAGCUGCUAUAGCUGUAAAAGGUAUAUCUCUAGUAGUUAAGCGUAUGGCACUGUUUAUUGGCAGGUCGCCAAAAUGCGGAAAUAGUGGUAAAAAUAAAUCAGACUGAAAUCUAGAGCUAUAGUUAGAAGAGUUAGCUAGAAACCUAUAUACUUACAUCAUUUGCAUGUAAUUCAUGGCCUUCGAUUGUAGUUAGAUUACAAGAGUGGCUCAAAAUAUUUCAUUUUUUUGUGCUAUGGUUCACGGCAUCAAGAUCAUUUCGUAUUUACAAUCGAAUACCAAAUAAAAGUAUGGAUUUUUAUAACCAUUUAAUAAGUUCAUGGAUUUAAAAAAUAAUAGUUUGUGCACUUGACCAAAUGUUUUCGCAGUUAUGUUUGAACUACUGUUAUCUAAUUAUUGUAGUAAUUAAACUAUGUCGAAAAACAGCUAGGUAAAUCUCAAAUCUGUUUGUAUAAGAUAUUAGGUGAAAAUAAAUGUUGUUGUAAGAUUAUUAGAAAGGCAAUAACGA